UACAGUGAGAAAAGAGGAAUUAGUACCCAGCACCUGAAGGUAAGGCCUAAGUACAACAGCGUGGACCUGACCCAAGUUGAACUGACCACCAACACAAAUGCGGGCUCCAAUAAGGAGAAUCCGCUUCGGAGGUAUCUGUUUGCGAGCAAAUCUGGAGGUGAUAAUGUCUCGGUAAUCACAUAUACUGAAGGAAUGAAGCGAGCCAGAGAAAGACAAAACAUUUACCAGUUUAAAGAAGUUGCUGAUACCUUUAAACUGGUUUUUGUGGUGCCCAGUGGAUAUGGUUCACGCUACAUAACAGUUGAUCCAAGUUCUGUACUGUCACUGCAAGAAU